CCCCGGGGAUUAGGCCCCACAGCAGCUGUUCGCCUUUUCGCUGCAGUUCCUCGACGGGCCGUUUGUAGGUCACCGCUGUCCCUGCCCGCCCCAGACACUGGGAUUAACGGGACGGCGGAGGCUGGUGUUUGGGGGGAGAGCUGACAAAGCCGGGGGGCGGCUGCUGCCCCCCAGUCCCGUUCUACGUCCCUGGGCACCCUCAGGCCCCACUGAGGGUCCCCUCUGAGCCCCUCUGGGUCCCCUAGUGCCCUGGCACCCCCGCUCCUGCCAUGUCCUGUUGUCCUGUUUGCUUCCCCCCCGCAACUGCUCCCAGUGUGACCCCCCUGGCAGUGCCCGCCUCAGGUGUCGGUGCCACGCGGGGGCACAAUGAGCAGUCGUCAUGGUGGCACCAGGACAGAGCAGCCUGCGUCCCCGUCAGCCGGGCCCGUGCCCGUGGGCUGGCAGCGCAAGGUGGAGAAGGGCUCCGUCUGCUACAUCAGCCCCAGUGGCACGGCGCUGACCUCGCUGGAGCAGACCUGCGCCUACCUCCUGGCCGACGGGACCUGCAAGUGUGGCCUCGAGUGUCCCCUUGACAUGCACAAGGGGUUUAACUUUGACCCAGGGGCAGCAGUGGCCGGGCGAGGGGCCCCUGGGGCCCAGGGACAGCAGGACAUGACCAAACUCUGCAACCACCGCCGGAAAGCAGUGGCCAUGGCAGCGCUCUGCCGCAGCAUGGAGGGGCCCCCUGGCCCCCGCCGCCCAGGCACAGCCGGGACAUCACGGGGCAGCUUCUGGGUCUCUUCGGGCAGCUGGCAGCAUCUUCUGAACCCACCUCAGGGACCUCCCCGCAGUCAAAAGCCUCUGGCCCUACCAGCGACCCAGUCCAGCCUUGCCAGCCCCUCUGUGGCACCUACCUCGACUGGCACUCUCCCCACAACUACUGAGCCCCUGUGCGAGGAGGUCCGGGCCCCCGACAGCCCCACCAGCGCCCUGGAGCCCCACGACCUGCUGCGCUGUCCCCUGGGCAGCUCCCUGCUCAGCACCGCGCUCCUGGGCAAUGUACCGGUGCUGAGCCCCCUGCUCCAGAACCAGCCGCUGCUGCCCCCCCUGGAAGUGUCGCUGGGUCCGGGCUUCCCCCUCAGCACCACGGGCUACCUGGCCAGCCUGCUCCAGAGCCUGCAGCUGGGCCCCAGAUUCAGCUGCCCCGAGAAGUCAGCGAUGCUGUUGGGUCCCAGCGCUGGAGGCUUCCCAAGUGCCCCUGCACUUCCCGGCCCCCCUGAGGGCACCCCACGUGCCUUAGAGCCCCCUGUGCCCCGUCUGGCUGAGCUGGGCAGCCCCAGACCCAGUGGGGGUGCCCAGGAGUGCCCAUCCUCACGGCCCCCCCUCAAGCGGGGCCGCCGGCGGGAUGAGGGGCUCAACAGGGAGAUGCAGUCCCUUUGUGGGCCCCCCAGCACCAAGACCCCCCGGCGUGGGGCUGGCCGGGGGGGCUGGGGCACUCGGCGGCACUUCAAUGGGCAGGCAAGUGACAGGAGCGGGAAGGGGCUUCCCCCUGCAGCCUCCCCAGCCCCCCACUCUGCCUGGCACCGCAGCAGGGACAUCCCGGCCACGGGGCAGCAGCUCAGAGUGGAGGAGAUCAAGGGGAACUCUCCGCGGCUGCGCCCGUCCUGCCGGGGCUGGAGGAGGAAGGCCAGCAUCCCCCAGACCAGCGCCUGCCUGGAGACUCCGCAGCGGAGGGGGCUCAGCGCCGGCCCCGGGGCUGGUCCUGCCGCGGACCUGGCUGUGGCGCGGUGGCCUGGACGCCCUGUCAAGAACCGCCGGAGGAAGCUGCUGACGUGACGGUGCUGGGGUGGGGACACCCCCAGCACCAGCUGAUGGAAUGGGGGGGGGGUCACAGCUCCCUCGCCCCCCACUGCUGCAGGCCACAGGCACUCCCAGCUGUGGGCACGUCCCCGUCGCCUGGCAGUGUUUUGUGGGGGCUGAACUGGAGUCGGGGGUUAAUCUAGGCACAUGGCCCCCUCCCCAGAUGAAGCACUUCUGAAGCCAUUUUCCAUAGGGGGUGGGUCGGUGGUGAGUCCCCACCCCUGCCUUCCCUCAGGGAAGCCCCUGUGCUGAGGGGACAGGGUUGGUGCUCGGGGACAUUUCCAGGCCCCCCCCCGGCCCCAGGGGGCUGGCUGUUCUCCGUCCCUGUCCAUCCCACCUCCCCAUUACCUCAGGCCCUGGGGGCGUCGUGGCCCCAGGGUCAGUUCUGCUCAGGGUUAGUUUAGCACGAGGUCCUCUGUCACCAAAAACGAGGUUCCCCCCCCUUUCCCGUCCCCCAGUACCAGCAAUAAUCAUCUCCACCACCCCUGGGGGGGCCUGUGUGUCCCUGCCCUGGGUUGUCCCUGUCACCACACACACACACACACACACUACCCCCAGCCCCACAGGUGGUAACGAGGAGACGUGUCACCCCCCCAACCCUUCCCCCCCACCCCCGUGGGUUGCAGCUUUCCAACAGUGGAUUUACUGCACUGGGGAGGCUGUGGGGGUGGCAGGGGGGUUUAUGCACCAUUAAAAGAUGCAUUUAAAACCCCA